CUUUACGGUGUUUUUUUAUCAUAAUUAACAUCAGGACCAAUUCAAGCAAAAGUUACGUAGACUUUAAUUGCUUGUUAUGCAUUUCCACUUUGUGUUAAAAUCAUUUUCAUGUAAUUGAAAUUCGAAGUUAUGUCAUCGUGAGAAAAUUGGAGCUAUUAUGAUUUAAAAAAAAAGACUUUAGUGAUCAGAUUUUCUUUGAGCUUAAAAAUUGUUUCGUGGCUAACUUUCACCGAAUGCAAUGGUUAAUGCCAUGGCUGAAGCAAAAUCAGAUCCCUUGUCGCCCAAGAAGCCAGUGAAAGAAAAAAUUGUGGGAAUCUACGAUGACUUUUUUAAGGGAGGUGAGCCAUCUCGUGAUAAUCCAAAUUUCUGGCAUGAAUUUUUUCUUUUGAGGGUUAAUGCUAUUUACCUGGAGCAGUGCAUUGACAAGCUAAGUGAAGAAGAACUUAUGGAUAUCAAGGAGAACAUCAACCUUCUGUUUGCCCAGUGCUGUAUUGCUUUACGCGGAGAUCACCAGAUAAAACUAGUCAAUGCUCUACAGACAUUGUGUGCACUUGUGCGAGCAGUUUACAGAAAGAGAUUAGGGGACCAUGGCUUUGACAUAAUAAACAUCUUGAUUGGAUUUGACGCUGCUGAAGCUCAGAUGCAGGGACUGAUGGAAAGUUUGCAUACCUUUCUGGUUGGAGAUUAUCCUGUGAGCUUAAAGAACCUGUCUCUUAAAUUAGCUCUUAUCCUUGUCACAGCAACAGAUAAUGUCAGUCAGAACACAAUUGUGGAGUAUAUUAUGAUCAACAGCAUCUUUGAAGCUAUCAUUCAGGUUCUUGCUGAUCCAGUGGCCAGACAGCAACAUGGAUAUGAAGCAAUGCUGCUGCUCACAAUUCUUGUGAAUUACAGGAAGUAUGAGGCCUCAAAUCCAUAUAUUGGGAAGUUGUCUAUUUUGGAUGAUGAAUUAGCUCUUAAUGGUUUUGGAUGUGUUAUAUCUGCAGCACUUACUGAUUACAACAGGAAACAUGCAGCCAUGUUAGAGCAGGCCUCUGGAGGAUUAAUCAGCUCCAUUACCAGCUUUGUUGGAAGCAUGUUUGUUGCUGAGACCGAGAAAGCGGAAUGUUUUAGUACAAAUGAAGCCGUUCUUCUAGCUCUGUAUGAAGCGGUGCACCUCAACAGAAAUUUCUUCACUGUUCUCAGCCAUGUCACGACCGCUCCUGGAUCCAGUCCUCCUCCGUCACCGACAGCCGCUCCUCCUGUGGUUGAAAGGACUGCCACUGCUGCGGUCGUUGAAGACUUUCCACCCGAUUUGAGCCAGCCCACGAAUUUACUCGUAACACUUUUAACAUAUUCCUCCAUUGCUUUACAGAAUACGAAAGAGGACAAAGGUGUGAGCAAUGCCAAGCUGUGUCUGGUGAUAUUAACGUGUAUUGUGGAGGAUCAGUAUGCGAAUGUAUUUCUUCACGACGCGAACAUGACGUUGUCAGUACCGCUUCACAAAGCGCAAAUGUACCACAGAGGCCCAGUUAUCGAAAAACAUGCUCCAUCAAGACCUCUCGCUUGUGCCUUACUAGACCUCAUGGUGGAAUUUAUUGUAACUCACAUGAUGAAAACUUUACCAACUGAUUUGUACAGUAAAACAUUUGGAAUCUUGCAUCGCAUACUUUGUUACCAGAAGAGAUGUCGAGUCAGACUCUCCUAUUCGUGGAAAAAUUUCUGGACGGCUCUUAUGAACUUCCUAAAGUUUCUCCUGUCCAAUGAAACUGUCCUCGCCAAAACCUGCGAUAUCUUCUCCCUGGCGUCGCAAGUCGUUAACAUUUUUAAUUUGUUCAUCACGUAUGGAGAUACAUUUCUUCCAUCUCCGACAUCAUACGAUGAACUCUACUACGAAAUCAUUCGCGUUCAUCAAAUUUUUGAGAAUCUGUACUCAAUGGGUAUUGGGUGUAAUACGUAGUAAUUAUGACACAUUGACGCUGAAACUCCAAGACAGUUUGGAUCAUUACGAAAAAUAUUCAGAGAAACCAAAAGAGGCGGCUUUCUUUACUCAGCUGGUGCGUUCAAUUGUUAUUGAAGUUCGCCGGACGAUUUCUGUUAGCAACCUCGAGCAGUUUAGUUUGCUGCAAGAAUUUGCGACCAUACACUGAAAUGUGUUUCUUACAAGACCUACCCAGGCCAAUGGACUCAAGUAGGAUCUGGAGACGAAGCGAGCUCCGUUUAUGUCAAGGCUUUGUGUCAAAGAGAUACGUAAACCUUAAUGCUCUUUGGCAUCGUAGUGGUUUUAGGAGAUAGUCUUAACUGGAAAAUAAAAACGGGGCAUUUUGAAUGGGCGAGACAAAGAACCAUGAAAUAACUGGAAUAUUUCAUUGUCAGUGUUCCGCGAGCUUACUCCAUCGAUCCCUCGUUAACAGAUUGCGAACAUUGUAGGUUUUGAACGAACUAUUCAAUCGAGAAAGAUAACGUGCUAUAAAGAAUGACAAUUUUUGAAGGGAGUCUUUCACUGCAUUAAAAAUAACUUAUUCCAUGAAA